CGAUAGGUACUUGAAGCAGGUACCGAGAGCUAACCUGGGAGCUAUUGCAUCACAUGAAGGCCCUGUAAUGUUAGUUGCCUCUCAGACCUGCUCAACACCCGAAAAAAGGCCUCCAAAAGACACGCGCGCCUAAACGAAGCUACUAGAGACGUCCUCUUGCUACUCCUCGCUCACCACGGGUGAGGAUGAAGCUUGAGACUGCGUCUAUCAGAUACACGGGCCAAUGACGACACCAUGGCUUUCAGAUUUCCAGAUCCUCGACUUCGAGUCGACGAUGAACUCUCGACAGGCACCACCGCCAAGGGGUCUGUCGCCCGUACAGCGACCACCUCCAACUCCAGCGCAACGCGAGAAAGUCCGCCAAACGGUAUCCCUCCGUUAGAAGUUUCCGCAUACAAUGAAGCUGCAGAUUCUCAACAUGUACCCUCGCCGAGGCGCAAAAAUCUUGUCUUUGCCGACCCUUUCGCCUUUCGGUCCGUCGCGAACAAACACUCCUGAAGCUUCCAAGGCUAACACAGCAUCAGGUAUCUCGAAGAAGGCAGCAAUGUUGUCGUUGUCGAGCGCCGAGGCAUUUUACACGGAUACGAGUCGUACCUAGUUGAACAAUGGGCGUGUUCUCGAAAACCACCAACACUCCUGAUCGUCACUUACACUGGAGACGAAAAACACUCGGUCGUUGUCGGUGUGCUCUCUGUUCCAAUAGACGAGAGUCUUUGGCCUCCAAGGCUACGCUUCUACUUUGAUCAACUCCAGGAUUCACAUGCGCGGCCCAAGGAGACUGAACUUGGAGAGCUUAUGGUUACUAAUCUGAGUAAUUUCCCUUCGGCCCUCACCGUUAUUAUGGUACCUGAGGGUGAUAUCCGAAAAUAUCGCUCCUCUUUCAUCGUCAAUGAGGAUUUGAAACGAUUAGGAUGUUCUGGGCGAUCAGGAAUGACUCUGUCAGAUCCAACUGAAGCAACGCAGCUCAAGUUCCUGCAGCUUUACAGGACGAGCGAUCGAGUACCUGUUCCGCAAGCUGUAGUCGAACUUAUCAAGCUUUGUCAAGUCACAUUAUACAUGUUUGACAAGCUGGGGCACCAGUACAUUGAUGGGCUGCUUUGCGACAAAACAGAAAUGGCUAUCAACAACUGGUGGAUCGAAAUUGGUGCUGAACACUAUAAUUUUGAGCCCACCGAUGGCAUAUUAGGCCCCAGUACGGUGGCGGCAUUACUAGGCAUGUUCAUGGGUGCUCGAAAUCGUCUCCAUUGGUACGGGGCCCCGGUAUCAAAGGAUGUAUUUGACCUCGAAAACACUAAGCGUGGUAUCGGCCACUUCCAAAAAUCACAAAAGCUCGAGAAGACGAGACGGCUGGACCGUCAAACUCUUCUCAAGCUCUACACUGUGACUGCCAAGGCAGCUGCUGGAGAAAGUUGGGGUGUACAGAGGGCUGUGAAAUCAACUCUGACAGAAGUCGGAGGUAAAAGGGGGGAGCUUGUAAUGGGUAUGGUGUCAGGAAAAGACAAAGGAGGACUAGCUGAUAUUGAGACUCUCGACAUUGGCACUUUUGCUAGCUUAGCAUAUGGUGAACGGGCCAAAUGGCUCUGGCAUGGCAAGCCUCGGAGAAGCGUCGCUGAGCUACCACAUCACAGUCCAGAAUUGAGCAGCGCGGUACCUUGGAAAGAGGAGGAAGCAAAUCCAAACCCGAAACGAGUAUAUUCAGCACCUGCUGAGAACGAACUGGAUGCGAAGCGACUGGAUGAGACUCUUGAUGUUUACUCGGGCCACCCACCUGGAUCCGCCGUUAGUGUCGCUGAUGGAUCAGGUGAUAAGGAGGCUUCGCGAAAGAACAUUUUCAAAGGUGUCGCUGGAAAGAUGAAUGACGCUAGGUCUGGUUUUGGACGUAUCAAGGAUGUCGUUGGGGGAGGCUUACGUGGACACACCAGUCGACCUUCGGUUUCAACAAGAGAUGACUUUACAGAAUCGGGCCCCAGAAGCUCAAGCCAGUGGCUCACUCCAGGAACAACACAACCGCCAGCGCCGACGCAAGGAGUGGGCAGAGCCUUCACAUGGAACAACAAACCGCAGGAGUAUCUGGCCGCGAUGAAACGAGCAGAUGCGGAGGGGGGGCCUGGUUUCCCACAGCUUUCGCACUUUGCGUCCACCUCGACAGUUGACAUUAAGCAUCCGGCCUCGGCUCCCGUGGAAACUCAAAAGCGCGAGCAGGAUGGGGAGUUAUUUGAUAUUGGGGUCGAAGUGCGUAAGGAUGUAUUGUCCAAAGCACCCUCCGCCGUUGGAUCUCUUGUUGAUGAGCAUGACCUACAAGGGCCUGUUCUGGAUGCAGAACUCAACGAUGGUCUAUCCAAAAGGGGCCUCUCGCGACGACACAGUAUUCAGUUAUCACAGUGUCCGAACAUGACCGUUCUCAACGAAAAUCGCUGGCCACGACGAAUGUCAUUUGGCGAUGCUGAAGAGGCAGUAUUGGAGUGGGAACCGCUCAUCGACGUGGCAGAUGCAGCGGAUGGCCUUGCCAAUAUUGAAGCAUUCAAUGACCUAGCUCAGCAUUUUAAUCAGUGCUUGGAGGAAAUGAAACACCGCAUCGAGCCAUGGGUCAAAGAGAAGAUCAGUGCAGUUGAGGCUCUCGAUGAACGCUACGCGAAAGACAAGGAUGAAAUGCAUGCACUCUACUACCAGCUGAACGAGGCAUGCCAGCGCAUACGUAUAACUUCUCAUGAACUCCUUGCUGAGGAGCGGUCUCACCUCUUGGAAGGCCUUAAGGAGGUUGAGGCGCUCGUGGCUCGUCUCGAUUAUGAAAUAAAUGCUCUGUUACAAAAGGUGGUCGAUGUGGAAGACGGUAUUGUUACUUUUGAGAGGCAAGUGGAGGACAUGGAGAAGAGAGCUGAGGCUUUGAAGGCCGAACUCGAAACCGAAGGGUGGCUUCACUGGAUGUUCAGAACUGUCACAGGAAUCGGGACGGGUCCAGAUAUUACAAAGUCGCCGUCUUAAUCCAGGGGUUGAUGUUGGGUAAAGAGCGUUUUCAUGGGGUGAUAAUCCCCUGCAGGAUCAUCAGCACGGAGUUUCGGGACAUUGAUAUCUUAUCAAACAUAGCAUAGCACACCCCUGGGUACAAGGCAUUUUUUAGGGUCAUAUUGAAUAAACUUAAUCUAGUUAUAACUUAUCCAUGUACCAAAGUGUCAUCUCUGGCCUGACCUCGGUUCCUUCAUAUACAGGUAUAUUACAGCAACACCUCCCGUUGCACCGUCGGUCAUCAUUUCGUGAUGCAAGCGCCAGAUAUCGAUUCAGAUCCGAUAUGUAUCCAUUCUCCUGAAUAAUCGUACAAAGCUUCAAUUCAUCGCCCCCGUCUAUUUGGGGUCCGCCCUCUAAAUGAACAUGCCACCGCCGCCCUGCUGGCCUCCGAGAGCCUGGCCCUGCUGCUGCAUGAUCUCGCUGACCUUCAUAGAUGUGUCGAGGAACUUGGCUGUGCAGCGGUCGAGGCAGACGGACUCGCCCUUGUUGAGCUCACCCUCGCGGUAGUCGUUAGGAAUGCACUUCUUCUGGCAAGACUGCUGAAGACUGUGGCAUUGCAAUUUAGUAUCGAUUCAUGUGCUUGGUGAGCGCUGAGGCUUACCGGUUGUAGGUGUCAGCCAUCAUGCGCAUCUCGCUCUCAACGGCAGCAAUCUUUUGCUCCGAGGUAGGCUGAGGUCGACCCAUUCCGAGGAAACUCAUUUUGGCGGUGUUGAGGGAGGUGUAGGUUGGGCGGUACGGUAUAAUUGAGACGUUGUGAUAGUUAAAGGCUGCGUUAUGACGGCGUUUUGGGGCCUUGGACUGGAUAACGGGAAAUUUUCCACUUAUCGCGGAUUGGUCGAUUAUGUAAGGAUGCAUUGUUCUGACUACCCUGCACCAUGGUGCGUCAGGGACCCAUUUGCAUAUGAACUCAAGGUCUUAUAAUACUUGGGGUUGCUGUGUUCUUUUAGGAAUGCUGUAAAAUUCUUGGAUUAUGUCUAGAGAUCAGGGGUAAAUACACAAG